CAUUCUUUACUAUUACAUUCGGAUAGCAUUUGACAUCUCUGUCGGCAUGGCGGACUCAAAUGCAAGAAAAAUAGACAGUUUUGGCAACCGCCAUUUAUGGCAGUUUAUCAGUGGGACAGGCAUCCUCAGGCCAAGGGAGCUGAUAAAGAGAGAAAUGACAAGAAAUACAGAGAAAAUUUUAAAUGGCCUGUUGUUUUAUAAAAAGCCCAGGGCACCUCAAGGGGAUUUGCUGAAAGACAAAAAUCUACAAAAACAACAGAAAGACUUUGUUCUCAAGUUAACAACAUUCUUGAACUUAGAAGAAGACCAGAGCUAUGAGGUGUUCUUUUCUUACCUUUCCCAGGAUUUUAGAGGCUCUGAAAAAAAUUUGCAGCUGUGUCUAAGUACUGAAAGACAUAGUCAUGCGUUUAUGGUAAAGAUACGUGACUUUUACCACAGUGAACGGUUAUACUUACUGCAGUGUAUCCUACAUAUUCUUACAUUCUGGUCGGAGUCGGAAAACCACCCAUACAGGGAGGAGUACACUGUUUUUGUGAACAUUUUGUUGAAGGACAAUGAGCUGAUAAAGAAGCUGUUAGAACAGGUUGACCUAUUGUGUGAUGAGCCACUGCCUACUUGGGAAACACACGGAACUCUAAUGAAUGAAAGACAGGCUUUGGUAUGGGCACAUCAAAAUAUGAAAGAACAAAAUGAACUGUUAAAGAUACUUCUAGUGUAUUGGAAGGAAUUUGAAGCCAAUGCACCAGACUUCAACAGAUUAUUAGACAAAUUUAAGAGGCAAGGUUUUGGUAGAAGACAGUCGUACAAACACAUUCUUGACGAGUCGUUUGAUAGAUUAACGAAACAAAUUGGGUCAUUAGAAGUUCUGGUACUACUUCAAGCCAUGGACAUGGAGACAGUGGAGAGACUGAGCUAUAGUAAAUGUUUCGAUGAUCACAGUUUGUUAAAGGACAAAGCAACAUUCCAGUCCGUAGAAAAUUCAAUGCAAUUACUGGGCUCGGAUCAGCCACAUAGUCCUUUACUGCUCAGUUGGGCUGUGAUCAGACAGCUGUACCUGGAAGGUGAAGGCGCAAAUAUAACAAGGAAGUAUGGGAACCAGGCUUUACAAUUGUAUGUGUUCAAUUUUCUAUCCGAGAUGCUGGACUUGGAACCAAUCUCUGGAAAAUCUAUUACAGCUUCACUUUCCCACUGUGUUAUUUAUACAGUUUUAUUAGCCGCCCUGACAGCCUUCGAUGAAUCAACAUUGACCAGAAAUAAUUCGGAAAUGCAGGAUUUAUAUGAUAUCACCUGUAAAUUGAUGGGGAGAGAUUUCAUUGCUGGAAAUGUUUGGAAAAAGGGAUUAGAGCAAGGUGUAGGGAACAUGUACCAGUCAGCUUUACUCAACUUCCCGCUGGAUUUCUCAACACUUGUUAAACUAAGUACAGCCUUAGCCUCAGCCAAUGCUGACAGUGCAUCUAAGGUUCUAGAGUUGUGGUCAGAACUACCAAGGUACACAGAAUAUCUGGAUAGGAACAGUUCACAUGACCUCAGAUUUACCAGUGACCCCUUGGUGUGCCAGUUGGCAAGGGAUAAAACCCCCUAUGGUGCUGGAGAUUUCCGGAUACCAGCUGGUGUAUAUGGGCAGUUGAUAACUACAGGUGGGAAACCAGUGUCUAACCUUGAAAUACCCAUAAUUCAAUGGGAAGUUACUUACGAUGGAUGGCAGUUAUUGAAGGGUGAAAUUCAGGAAUUACUCAGUCAAGUGGCCAGAGGUGCAGGUAUGGUUCAGCCAGUACAGGUAGAGCGAGUUACUGAUAUUGCCCAGUUUGUUCGAGCAAUAUGUAGGUCACAACCUUCAGCAGCAGACGGCCUCACAGACAUCAUAGUUCUCUUGUAUACACUCAUUCAGAGGUUUUCAUCAUUCAAUCCCCCACCUCUUGAGUUGCUGGCUGCCUGUAUUGAUUGUAUAACAUGUGUAGCUAAGCUCCACCCAAAAGAGGCGUGGCAUGAUAUGAAACAGACAGGACUCCUCCCCUUUUUGACAGAAAAUAUUGACAACAUGGCAGAAGUUCUCAGUGGUCGAGGUUUGAGCCCUGGACUAUAUGGCUCUUUGCUUGCGGGUUUUGAAGUACCACAAGGGGAGUAUCAGGUCACUGUGGCAUUUUUAGAUUUCAUAUCGGAACUUGUCAUGCCAUUGUACAAAAUAGGGCAUGAGAUGCAGUUACAACCAGUAGUUAUGUACAUAUUAAGAGAGAUUUUCCCAGCAUUUCAAAAGUGGAGAUACUAUAACUCUGUACGGAGGGAAAUAAUUGGUCACAAAUGUUUGAAAAUCGCUCAUAAGAUACUGAACUUCAGGCUGCCGAAGAAAAAGAAAAACUCUGAUAAGCCACAUAUACAGAAUCUGUGCGUGUACAGUCUACUAUUCACGGAAGCAGGGCGAGCUUUACUGGAGAUAAUAGCAACUGGGGUAGAACCUUUAGAGAUAUUGUUGGCCCAACAGUCAAGUCUGACAGAGGGAAGUGGUGAAGAUUUAAUGCAGUUGAUUCAGAUCGGGUUUUCUGUGAUGAACCGUCUGCUGUUACUGAAGUCACAUGAUGAGUUAUCACCAGUAGAAGUAGCUCUGUCCUCACAACCAGCCGGGUACCAGAACCAACACAUUGUUGCUGUUAUAGCAGAGUAUAUUUACCAUCGUACCAACCCGCUGUUACCGAAAUUAGCCACGCUAUUCCUUCGUAGAUUAGCAGUGGUAUUACCUAUGUCUAUCCUGGCAUGUCUCGGGGGACAAGGGGAGGCAAUCAGAGAUAUAUAUUUGAUGAGACUACAUUCUGCCACCGAGGAUCUAAGUUUGAAGACAGGCAUAUUGGAGCUUAUGUCAGUCUGUGUGGACACACAGCCAGGGUUGAUAGAACUGUUCCUAAAUGUACAAACCACAAAACCCUCUGCUACUAACAAGGAUGUGUUGGUUGGAAGGACCAGUUGUCUACAGACAGUACUGGACUUGAUGGACGUGAGGAGACAAGGCUCGUACCAGUGUCCCCCGGACCUGCUGUGUGCAUGCUGUAACUUUAUACAGGCAUUGUGGGUAGGCAUGAGAGAAACAGCAAUGGCAGCUUUAAGGGCAAAGCUUGCCUGUCUCUAUACUGGUGGCAAAGACUUAAAACUUUCAGGACCAAUGCUGACAUUCAAACUGAAGACAGUGUCUUAUAUCUUUAAAGUACUGGCCCAGGAGAUUUAUGUUACAAAUAGUACGAAGAUUGAUAAUAAUCUUUCAAAGAUCCUGAAAGAACUGGCAGAGAAAGGGAGGGUCAAGUACUGGUCAACAUAUAUCACAGAUUGUAUAAAGGAAGCAGACGAAGGGUCACAUGACAACUCUAUGGACACAAGCACAGACUGCACAGAUCAUCCCAUACACAAACUGCUUCUAGCCUGGAAGAAUUUCCUAGUUGUUCUAGCAAAGAUUAAUGUCGUGGAACUAAAGCUGGAUGAUGGUUUGAAGGAACUUAUUAUAGUUGACCUUUUGGAAGCCAUACAUGCACAGUUUACCAACUCACUGUCAGAACUUCGACACAAACUUGCUCAGACAUGCAGUGCUCUCUUCUUUACUCUUGUAAAGAGAUGGACAAGUUCUAUCAAGGUGUGGCGGCAAGUACUAGAUCGGACACUAGAGACCUUGACCUUGACAAUGUCAAGUGGAGAUAUGAUAAUACCAUCUGUACAGAUAGGUCUACUUGGAUCUAUUACAGCCAUACUACAGUAUCUCAGACUGGACGCUCAUAAGAGAGUAGACGUUCAGAAGUUAGGUCCUAUUCUGGUGUCUACAUGUGAGGUGUUAUUACAAAGUACAAGAGAACUGCCAUCAGUUAAAGAGCUACAGAAACUGAGAGAGAGUCUGGAGAAUACAGAGAAAUCAUUCGCUCAUACAGACCAUAGAUUGAAGUUACAGACAGUAGCAUGCUGUACCGUGGAGGAAUUGAUACAUCAUGUCCGAGACAGUGAGAUAUGGUUGCCUAUACUACAAGAAAACAUGGUACUGCCCGCCUUACUGUCUUCGGCAGAAAUUUAUCUCAAGUCACUGGAGGGCUUACAUUAUCUACAGCCAUUGUUCAUACUGUUCCUUACCAUAGCACAGGACAAAAAGGGUGCUGAAUGUUUAGCCAUGGCAGGACUGACUCAGCAUGUUUGUCUACCUAUUACAUAUUGUUAUCAGAAUGGAGACAGCUCUUACCCUGGUCCGAAACCUACACCGGGUAAAGUGGCGAGACCAAAGCAGCAACAGGUGACCUGGCACAACGUGUAUUGUCUGUGUUUAGACGUAUAUACAACAAUGCUGGCUACCAUGAAAUACUCAUUCCUCGAAGAUGCUUUCAACUUUGUGGGUUGUCAUCAGGAUAGGCUUCAACAGUGUUUAGAAAUAGCGAGGUUCAGUUUGAGUAGUGAAACAUUCAGUGAAGUAGAGAAGACAUGUUUACUCAUCAGUCAUCUAGCCAACUUCAGUCGAGAGUGGAGAUUACAUCUGCCUGAACCUCUAAAUAAAAUACUGAUGAGCCUUCUUUAUAUGUGUCAGACAUUUGUAUCGUUACUGAUACGUCCCAGGUACCUACAGUAUAUACUAGAGCAUCAAGGGCUAGAGCAGCGUGAGAGGGGCGUGGCUGAGAGGUUGCCGCUGCCCUGCUUACAGCACCAGGCUUCCACCGAGGAUAUAGACAGUCCUACUGUACAGCAUAUACAAGUACAACAUAGUAUGCUGAAGGUAUUAGGGGAAUGUUUUGUUGCUCUACGUCAAUUUAGUCCAGACCUUGUACAAAUAUUGGUGGAUCAGAACAUGGACGUUGGUGAGUAUGAGCCGUUUCUAGCCAUUGGAUUCAGUACCCCACCAGCAGAUCAGGAUACCCCACCUACUUUUGGCACCAUGUUGUCAUGUGUCAGUGUGGGUCUCCGCCUUUUGACCAAGAUGGAUGGUAGUAAAUCACCACAGAGACAAGAGAGUAGUGCCACGGCUGUUAGUACACCUAGUGUCAGUCAACAUGUUCCCAAGUCACUGGUAAUGUUUGUUCUAGAAAACGCCCUGUAUCUAACAAUGUCUCAAGGAAUGCUGUAUCUAAAGGACCCCAGUGUUCAUCCCCGAGAAAAACAGCUUCUGAAACGAGAACUUGGCACAGAAAUGAAUUCAAUUUUAUCUGGCAUCCAGCGUUACAUAAGACGUGGUGGACCACAAUCCCCUGCACCAACUACCCAGAUAAGCCCUAGAACUCAGUCACCAGGGGGAGCCACUCUUAGUCGUUCCAUCUCACAGACAUUCUUGUCUAAUCAGGAUCAUGCUAUUUUUAGACUGGUGCAAGAGUUUUCUAAGCAAGUGCUAAGGUGAUUGGACAGUUUUUAAACCAAUCAGGACGAAGUUUAUUUUUAGACUUGUGCUGACUUUGAAGAAGAGAAAGAUUCAUGCCACCUAUUGUGUUCCUUUAAAUGAAUAUUUAAAUAGUUUCUGGAAUGCUGCGUUUAUUUUUGUAAUGUAAAUUUGUGAAUAAGUGUGUUUUUUUGUAAGAUUUUGUUAUGAAACUUAAUUAUAGAAGACAGUUUUUCAUCUAAGUGCAGUAAUGGGUUACAUCCUUCUAAAUUUAAUAGGAAAUAACCAGUUAUUGCACUAUGGUGACAAAUGGUGCAUUUGCCCAAAUUGUAUACAUAAUCCAUGUUUGUGAAUUAAACAGGAUGUAAAGGCCAUUAAACUUUUCAUGUUUGGAGUAUAUAUGUAUAUAUUUAUUAGCAGGUUCGUAUAUUAACGUUAAUAUACGUACCUGUUAUUAGUAAUAAAGAUUUUUGACUAAUUAUAUGGCCGUAUAUAAUUAAAGUUAUAUUGCAAAUAAUCGUUUCUAUAUAAGUAUACAGUGAUAAAGGAUGUGAACAAUCUUUAUGUACAGCAAGUGUCCUUUUUAAGGCAAGAUGAAAAUUAAUCUAUGUAUUGACAACAACAGUGUAUACAUUGUUAUAUAAUAAGCUGCCCGGUCAUCCAAUGAAAAGCGACGUUACAUACAUGUUGAAGUAUUAUGAAAUUUGAAAAAAAAAUGUUGUUUUCCAGUUAUUCCUGAAUUUUAUGUUUUAAUAUAAAUUUUCAAAAACGGAGAACAACAUGGAAAUUCAACUGCUCUGAAUUAAAAUUAGUGUCAUUUAGUAUGAAUGAAUGAAUGAAUGUUGUAAGUUUAAUUUUACCAGUCAAUUUAUCUUGAUGGAAAACUUAGUAAUUAUUUUUUCUGGAAAUAAAAAAAGGAAUUCA